AUGAAAGUUGGUGCUCUUCUGACCUCUGCUGGAAUCAACAUUGGUCUCUGUAUACUUUUUCUGUCAUUCUAUUCCAUUCUGAGAAAGCAGCCACAAAAUGUUAAGGUCUAUUUUGGGAGAAGGAUUGUUGAGCAGCAUAAGCGGCUCCGAGGGGCUUUUAUUUUGGAGAGAUUUGUUCCAUCUCCUAGCUGGAUUGUGAGAAGUCUGCAAUGCACGGAAGAUGAGAUCCUAUCUACCGCUGGGUUGGAUGCAGUUGUUUUCAAUAGAGUUCUGGUAUUUAGCAUACACAUAUUCUCAUUAGCUGCCAUUCUUUGUUUAUUUGGAGUUCUCCCAUUGAAUUAUUUUGGACAAGAUAUGCGUCAUGAACGGAUUCCUUCAACAUCAUUGGAGACAUUCACAAUAGGAAAUAUGAAAGAGAAAUCAAUAUGGCUUUGGGUCCAUUGCAUCGCGCUGUACACCAUAUCUGGUGUAGCUUGUUUUCUUCUAUAUAUGGAAUACAAGCGUAUUGCUAGACUGAGGUUGCUUCAUCUUGUUCGAACAAUGAGCAAACAUAGCCACUUUACUGUUCUUGUCCGUGGGAUACCAAAGUCAACUCAUGAAUCAUUCAACAGUGUUGUUGAGAGUUUCUUUACAACGUACCAUGCACCGAGUUACCUAUCUCAUCAAGUUGUUUAUAAAGUUGGUAAACUUCAGAAGAUAGUGACGGGUGCAAAGAAGGUUUAUAGGAAGUUCAAGCAUUUUAAGGGUACCACAGUCGACCAGACAUGCAGAUCUGUGACAUAUCGAUGUUGUCUUUGUGGGGUGUCAUCAAAUUCGUUCCAGUUGUUGCCCACUGAAGAGCAAGAGAGGGGAAAACCUUGUGUGAAAAAUUCAAACUUGAACUUACCUGCCGAGGAAUGUGCUGCUGCUUUUGUAUUUUUCAAAACGCGGUAUGCAGCGCUAAUUGUAUCCAAAAUUCUCCAGACAUCCAAUCCUAUGAAAUGGGUCACUAGUCUGGCCCCAGAACCGAAAGACAUGUACUGGUCAAAUCUUUGGUUACCGUACAAGCAGCUUUGGAUUCGCCGCAUAGCUACACUUCUUGGUUCUAUUGUUUUUAUGUUCAUUUUUCUUGUACCUGUGACAUUUAUACAAGGUCUAACUCAGCUGGAACAGCUGCAACAAAGGCUCCCUUUCCUGAAAGGGUUAUUGAAAGGGAAAAUCAUGACCCAGCUAGUAACUGGAUACCUUCCCAGUGUGAUCUUGCAAAUAUUUUUAUAUACUGUCCCCCCAACCAUGAUGAUGUUUGCGACACUAGAGGGACCUAUUUCUCACAGUGAAAGGAAGAAAAGUGCCUGUUGUAAAGUAUUAUACUUCACCAUUUGGAAUGUUUCUUUGUCAAUGUCUUAUCAGGUUCUGCAAUUAACCAACUGA